GCUUCGUGCGUCAUGGGAAAGCGUUCGGCUUCUGUCAUCAAUUUGUUCUUCAUCAUUUCCACACACUUGCAAGAACCGUAAACGACCAGCUCGUGUCGUUGCGGUAGGGCUUUUAUUUUGAAACACGCCCUUGUCCAUACGACGGGAAGUGGUGCUUUCGUGUUGCUUAUUGUUGCCAGUGGUUUCGAACUGACGCUUCACUCCGGCCUGGGUGUGUCCAAACGGAGGUGUGUUCUGAAUCUGUUCAUUCAUUCGACUUUCCGUUGACUACGGCAGUGGUCGACUGAAAUGGAUGAUUUACACCGGACUAGCGUACUGGUCACCUCCUGCUUCAAAACUCCGGUUCACCCACAAACAAAAACGCCGGUUGCUCUGUACGAGCGGAAGAAAGUCUGCAAAGCAUGUAGCUGCUUCCAGGAGUCGCUGCAUGACAUGCGGGGUCACGAGAAAGAGAAUAAAUGUCAGCAUUAUUUGGAUGGAGAAGAUUCAAAGAACUACCUCGCAUCAUCAAAAAAUUACAGGCCGGUUCAAAGUCAUUUAGAUAUAAGAAAAAUGUUGAUCUCCAAUGAAGAGUAUUACAGGAAACUGGAAGAGCUUAAAAAUGCCCAUUUAGACACAAUGGCUCAGCUUGAAGGCAUGUACAAAACUAAACUGAAGUUGAGAGAAGAGGAGCAGGACAGUGAUACCGAUGAAGCAGAAUUAAAUUACAGUAGGCAGGAGUGGAAGACUCAAAACCACAUAACCAUUUGUGAGAAGAAUUAUUUGGACAAUGAAACCCACUACAGCCAUUGCUCAAGUUACUCAGAUGUCUCAGAUGUUGUUGUCAUAGACAUUGAGGCAGAAAACAAUGAGAAAGGAGUUCUUCUGUCUCCAAGGGAACAUAUAAAAAGCAUGUGGGAUGACUUUUCUAUACAUGACUAUAUAGCACAUGAAAAAUUGAGAGCACAGCUUUCUCCAAAAAGACAUAAAAUGAAAGGAAAGUCAAAAGAAUGGAGCCCAGCAGUCACCGUUCCCGAGCCUUUUCAGAUGACUAUCAGGGAAGAGAAGAAGAAGAAGAAAAACAUCAAAUCUAGGUCUGAGAUUGAAUUGGAGAACUUCAUGUUGAAGAAACAAAUGGAGGAAGUGAUGGAGUGUCAGAAGAAAUUUAAGGCAAACCCAGUGCCUGCCCAUGUGUUUUUACCAUUGUAUGAAGAACUCACAGAAAGGAAUGAGGAGCGGAGACAGUUUGUGAAGGAGAGAAGUAAGGAACUUUUGUUGGCCUCACAAAAACCUUUCACUUUUAUUGAAAGAGAGGCAAAAAAGAAGGAAACAAGAAAAACACAGUUAAAAGUCUUGAUGGUUAAAAAGAAAAAAAGCACAUUUAAAGCAAAGCCUGUUCCAAAAUCAAUUUAUGAUUCGACUUUUAAUGAUCGAUUAGAGGAGGAAGAACUUUAUCGAGAAAUUAGGAUGCAAAUGAGAGCACAGGAGCUGUUGUACAGCUCCUCUUUACCAAAAAAUAUGGUUAAUCAGCUGACUUCAAAGAAGAGAAAAGUUAAAGGAGGAGAAAAUGAAAAGGAAUUUGAAUUUCAACCAAAAAUAACAGCAGAUGUCCCAGAUUUUGAGGCAAAAUACAGAAAGUUCCAAAAACAGAUGAUGAAAAUGAAGGACAUUAAACCAGUCACUGUGUGUGAGCCCUUUAAGCUAAGAACAUCAAUGAUUCAGUCCAAUCGGGAGAAGAUUCUUGCAGAUAUAGAAGCUGAGGAAAGUAAGCGGGGGGAUUCUCGUUGGCCUUACAUCACCUCAACCAAACAAACAAAGCUGGAAUACAGCAGUACAAACUCCUCCUUGUGUGGCAGUCAAGAACUGUGUCCUGCUAAAGCUACUGAAACAUGCAGAAGGCGCCAGGAAGCAAUAAGGAACUCGCUUGAAGAGAAGAAAAAGUUGGAGGAUGAAGAAAAUAAGUGGAGAGCAAAGCGGAAACAGAGAAUGAAAAUGCUGCAGAAAAUUAUUGCAAAACGUGCUCAAGCCAAUGACCCCCUUCAGAGUCUGGCUCGGAUAUCUGAGUUAAAAGUAAAGCAGUUCAGGAAACAAGAAAGACAGAGAAGAAAAGAGUAUCUGGAGGAAUUAAAAGAAAUACAAGAGCGAGUGAAGGAAAGGCCAUUAUUGCUGGAACAAGUUGCUAAGAGGAAUGCUACAAUGGCAGCAGAGAAACACUACGCAGAAACCCUAAAACAUCACGGACUAAGCGAGGAUUUCCUCCACAGUAAAGUGGCGAGAGUACUCAAGGUGUUUAAUGAUUCGCUGAUGGAGCACGAACAAAGUUUCCCCAAAGAUUCAUCCAAAGAGAUCCCUGAAGCUUAUGUGUACACAGAAUAUCCAGAUGAUUAUGAAGAUUUUGAUGAAAAUGAUGAUAAAGAAAUCAAUCAUAAAGUGCUACAUCACAGUGAAAACGAUGACAGUGAAAGAGAAGAUGCCAUUAUAGAUCACUACAAAGAAAGUGAUAAUGAUGAUCCUCAAUAUGACAGUGAAUCACGGGCAGGUGACGUGACUUGUUCAAUGUAUCACAGUGUUGGGAGCAGGAUUUGAAGCCUAAGUCAAAGCUUAAACCACUACACCUUGGAUAAAGGUGUUGUCCAAAUACUAGGUAAUAAUAUUGAACCACAGUUGAUUUGUUGUUUGUUUUCUGCACAUUUGCUAAAGUUUAGCUGUGUAAUCAUCUGGAAGGAGGUUUUCACAAGUCAACACUGUAGUUUUCACAAACAGACAGGCUGAGGCCUUCUUUCAUGUACACGUUAUUUCGAGUAGAGCUUUGCAUCUUUCCCUGUGGAUCAUUUUUGGCACAUGCUUGCUUUUUUUUUCUUGUGGUCAGUAACAUAUAAUUUAAUAAUGUACACUACCAUUACAAUUGAAAAGUUACUAACAUCUGUUAUUCUCUGAUUACAUACUAAACCUCUUAAAAGCUGUGAUACUGAGACCGGCCACUGUCUUGUGCAUGCCCUGUGUCACCUAUCAGACUUGUGUGUGCUGAGAGUGAGGCUAAGAUACACGAGGGCUGUGCUCGCCCCUCACUAAAACACAACCAAUAAAAGUCCCCAGUGGGUGCCUACUGGUUCAGUGCUACUGGCCUGACGAAUGCUGACAUCUGAGAUCAGCACAUGGGCAGAUUUUGAACACUUAAAUCCAGG